AUGCGUUUCGGGCUCAACCCUUUCCACAAACACGACCACGACUUCCCCGGGGUCGUGGUGCCCCUCUCCGAAGCCCCCUCGCACUCCAAACCGAGCCCGGAGGUAGAGAACCCCACCAGCCCUAAUGAGAAAACCGACGGCCAGAGCUUGGACGGAGCCCCCUCCGAGGAAGCCGGCGUCGGGGUCGGGUCCGUCCAUAGCUACAGCCACCUGACCAUUGAAGCCCUGCGCGCCGAGGUCGAGUCUGAUGUUGCGGCAUCGGGCAAGGACACCACAUAUGAUCGCAAGGCAAAGCUCAUCAACAGAGCCAUCCAGGAUAUUGGCAUGGGCCGUUACCAGUGGGAACUGUUUGCUCUUUGCGGGUUUGGCUGGCUGGCAGACAAUCUCUGGUUGCAGGGUGUUGCUCUGACUCUCACGCCCAUUGCCCAAGAGUUCGGUGUGUCUACCACCUGGGUCCGGUUCACGACGUGUUCCCUGUUCCUGGGGCUCUGUCUUGGGGCGUCCUUCUGGGGCAUCGCUUCGGAUAUCAUUGGCCGUCGUCCCGCGUUCAACCUGACUCUGUUUAUCUGCGGUGUGUUUGGGAUUGCCGUGGGCGGUGGUCCGACCUGGAUUGGCGUCUGUGCCCUAUACUCCUGCAUGGGUCUCGGGGUGGGCGGUAACCUGCCUGUCGACGGGGCGCUCUUCCUCGAGUUUCUCCCGUUCGCCUCCGGCAACCUCCUGACCAUGCUGAGUGUAUGGUGGCCCAUUGGCCAGCUUAUCGCCAGUCUUCUCGCAUGGGCCUUCAUCCCGAACUUCAGCUGCAGCAGCGACCUGCCGUCGUGCAACAGCGUCGCCAGCGGCGUGGCCUGCUGCACCAAGGCGUCCAACAUGGGCUGGCGCUACCUCGUCUUCACCAUGGGCGCGCUGACCUUCGCCAUGUUCAUCUGCCGGUUCUUCCUGUUUCAUCUAUACGAGUCGCCCAAGUACCUGCUCGCGCGGGGCCGGCAGACCGAGGCGGUUGCGUCCGUCCGCGGCAUCGCGCACAAGAACAAGGCCAAGACAUGGCUCACCGAGGACAUCCUUAACGAGAUCGGCGGAUACCCCGAGGAGGUCCACGAACAGAGACUCAGCUUCAAGGAGAUCGUCGAGCGGAAUCUAUCCAAGUUUUCGCUUGAGCGUAUCGGCCCGCUCUUCGCUACGAAGAAACUCGGCCUUUCCACAAUAAUCCUCUGGUUCUGCUGGGCCACCAUCGGAAUGGGCUACCCACUCUUCAACGCCUUCCUCCCGCAAUACCUCGCGAACGCCGGCGGCACGAGCACCAACUCAACCUACAUCGUAUACCGCAACUACGCCAUCACCUCGAUCAUCGGCGUCCCCGGCUCAAUCCUCGCCUGCUACACGGUGGAAAUCAAAUACAUCGGCCGCAAAGGCACGAUGGUGAUCUCGACGCUCAUCACCGGCAUCCUACUCUUCUGUUUCACCACGUCGACCGACUCCAACGUCCAGCUCGUGUGCUCCUGUCUCGAGGCCUUCUUCCAGAACAUCAUGUAUGGCGUGCUGUACGCGUACACGCCCGAGGUCUUCCCCGCGCCGAAUCGCGGCACCGGCACCGGCAUCGCCAGUUGCUUGAACCGCAUUGCGGGGCUUUGUGCGCCCCUGGUCGCGAUCUAUGGGGGCAGUGGGAAUCCGGAUGCCCCCAUCUAUGCGUCCGGGGGGCUGAUUCUCGCGGCGUUUGUGGCCAUGUGUCUUUUGCCGAUUGAGACGAGGGGGAAGCAGACUCUUUGA